AUGUGGUCCACACCUCCUCCAAUCCAAAAUCCAGCUGCUCCAAGCGCAUCUGUUUCUACAUUCCCGUCACUGCUCUUGCCUGCCGUGGACCCCAGCUGCUCCUGCACCACUGAAAAACCCUGUACCUGCACUGGUGCCUGCAAGUGCAAAGAAUGCAAAUGCACCGGCUGCAAGAAGAGCUGCUGCUCCUACUGCCCUAUGGACUGUGCCAAGAAUGUCCAGGGCUAUGUCUGCAAAGAAGCAGCUGAGAAAGGCAGCUGCUGUGCUGAUAUGGGGGCAUACUGCCACGUGUGUAAACAGAGUGACAGUAUAAACCUGGAUUCUUAA